AUGGCUUCAGCAGGACCCAUGGCCAAUUCCAUGUUUGUGGUGGCACCCCCCAACGGGUAUCCUGAGAUCCAAGAAGGCAUGUGUCAGGUGCCCCCGUAUCCCAGCAACCAGCCCCAAGUCCACCUCAUUCCUGUGAACCCCCCUGGUUUGAAGUCAUCUGUAACUGAGCAACCUGCCCAGAGAGCCUUGAAAGAGAGCAAAGUCUUAGGGGCCAUCCAGAUCCUGAUUGGCCUGAUCCACGUGGGCCUCGGCUCCAUCAUGGCCACCGUCCUCUCAGGGCACUACACAGCGAUCUCGUUCUACGGAGGCUUUCCCUUCUGGGGAGGCAUCUGGUUCAUCAUUUCAGGAUCCCUCUCAGUGUCAGCCGAAAAUCAGCCAAAAUCCUCUUACCUGCUGAAUGGCAGUUUGGGCUUGAACAUUGUCAGCGCAAUCUGUUCUGUGGUUGGAAUCACACUCUUCAUCAUGGAUAUGAGUCUCCCUCCCAUCUAUGCCCGCCCUGACUCUUAUCCCUACUAUGACACCUGGGGUGUGACCCCCGGAGUGGCGAUUUCAGGCGUGCUGCUCAUUUUCUGUCUCCUCGAGUUCGGCAUUGCCUGGGCAUCUUCCCACCUGGGCUGCCAACUGGUCUGCUGUCAACACAACGUGGGCGUAGUCCUCCCGAAUGUCUAUAUGGCAAACCCAGUGGUCGUCCCAGAACCGGUGAACUUGCCACCGACUUAUUCCAGCGAGGCCCAGGGCUCCAGAUAAGCAAAGCCACAGCUUCUAGAAGCAUCUUUCGCUGAGACCAAAAGAAG